CCGACGCAUCUAAAAUGUUAUCUACCCAGAUAUAAAUACAGAAAACUAAAACAGUAUGGAAAAGCCCUAACAUCUUACGAUCGCGUACGAUAUCUCGUUGACUUCUUAUCGGCCAUGUCCCGAUGUAGAAUCGUCUCACGCAAUUCAACAGGGCAUUGCCUAAAUAGGUAGCGUAGCGUGUAGCCCUGUCAGCACCGACGCCCGUCUGAAUGGGGAACUGCAGCUCUAGGUAGACAGCAAGAAACAACACCAUGUGUGAUUUACCUAAGGUAAUUGACGAAACUCCGUCGCAUCAAUUCACGAUGAGACGUUCUUACAUAAGAACGACUGUGGCAUUACAGUUCCUCAGACUUGAUUCCAGCAGACAAACUUAAAGGCUUCGUUUCCGGGCAAUCAGCUCGAAUCAUCGAAGAAGAAGUUGUAUCACCAUCCAUCCUCUGGCAGAGGUUUUGAGAAGUCUUCAUCAUGGGUCUCCUUACUGCUUUACCUCUACCCACCAGCAUUGCUGGGUGGGCGAUCGCUGGCGUCGCCUCGUUUGCUAUUUACGGAAUUGUCUUAACGAUUCAGAGACUGUAUUUUCAUCCGCUCAGCCAUAUACCCGGUCCUUGGUAUGCGAGGGCGUCGUAUUGGUAUGAGUUUUAUCAGGAUGUUAUUCUUGGAGGAAACUAUGUGAAGGCCUACCCUGGAAUUCACGCGAAAUAUGGACCGGUCGUUCGUGUUACCCCUGACAGAAUCCAUGUCAGCGACCCCGAAUUCUUCCACGAGGUUUACUCUUCUGGUUCUAAGUACAUGAAAGAUCCCGCUUUCUUCCAGACAUCCGGCGGUAUCGCUGAGGCACUGCCCGCCAUCGUCGAUGUUGAGUACCACAAGCGCCGUCGCAAGAUGGUGAACAACCUUUUCUCCGUCAAGUCUAUGGAAGCACUAUCGCACAUUGUCUUGGGAGUUGUUCACAACGCUCUGCGAAAAGCCAAGGAGCACCACGAUGCCAGCAAGCCCCUCGACAUCCAGCGCCUGUACACCGGAAUCACCAUCGACACUAUCAUGAAGGUCCUGUGCGACCGCUCGCUGAACCUGAUUGAUGCGAAGGAAGAGGAGCCGGCUUUCUUGGCUACUCUGCGAACCUUCUCCGAGAGUUUCUUCCUGCUCAAGCACUUCCCCAUCUUGAUUUGGCUUGCAAACAGCAUCCCCUCCAAGCUCGCCGAGAAGAUGAUUCCUGGCGAAUUUGAGUUCCGCCGAAACAUCCGAGGGUGGAUCAACGAGCGCGCCAACGAGCACGAUAUGGGCGUAGUCAAGGCCGACGAUGGCCGAAGCACAGUCAUUGAUCUCCUCCUCCGACCCGACGACGGCGGCCCGCCUCUAACCCAUCAAGCCGUUGAGGACGAGACUUACAGUUUUGCUUUCGCUGGUACCCACACGACCUCGCACACCAUGAGCAUGGGCACGUACUACCUUCUCCGCGAACCCGACAAGCUAGAGCGUCUUAGGAAGGAACUUGAACCGAUUCCCCGCAACGACAAUGGACUCCUCGAGUACAAGCAAGUCAGGGACUUGCCUUACCUGAAAGCUGUGAUCAAGGAAUCUCUCCGUCUCUCCUCGCCUGUCCCCGGAACUAUCCCCCGUAUCGUCCCCGAUGGUGGCGUCACCUGGGCCGGAUGCUACCUCCCCGCCGGUACCUCCGUCUCCAUGGCGCUCCGCACUAUCCACGACAACGAAGACAUCUUCCCCAACGCUGACCAGUUCCUGCCUGAGAGAUGGUUGGACAACGAGGAUCUCGAUCACUGGCUGGUUGUGUUCGGCAAGGGUAGCCGUGCUUGCAUUGGCUUGAAUGUUGCUUGGAUGGAGUCAUACUUGACCUUCGCCAACUUCUUCUCCCAGUUCAACAUGAGCCUGUACGCCACCGACCCCAGCACCACGACCUGGAAGGACUGCGGCAACGCUAUGAUCAAGUCCCACGUGAAGGUCACCGUCGACUCGCUAGUGCCAGUGGUCUAAGUCUAGAAGUUGGCGCCGUUGCAACAGAACGGCCCGCUUCACCGGGGAGGACUAACCUACACUGGCUUUGGGCCGACAUCUUUAACACAUUCCCGCAAGGACAAGAGAGAGGUGGAAUGAUGUAUCCAUUACUCAAAGAGAUGGCGCAUGUCUUUAGGAUUGGAAUAAGUGUAUAUCUAGUAUUCAUAUUUUUGGGAAGAUUGGGGAAGAGUGCGUGAGGAGGGGAAUCAACUAUAUAAGAACUGCUUACGAAGAUAAACCAUACUAGACAGAACAUAGCAAGAUGCCUUAUAUAUUACUUUGGAG